CCCCCCCCAAGAACCCAGCCCCGGAGUACCCCCCACCCCGGCGAGCCUCGGCCCGCCCCCCCUCGAGCUGCCGGAGGCGGGAAAGCGCCCAGGCCGCGCCCACCGCCCUGCGCCCUGCCCCCAGCCGCCACUCCCGCGCCUCCGCCGACUCCGCUGUCCUCCCUCCCGGGAUCGGCUUGGGGGGACCCUCCGCGCAGACGCCAUGGAGUUGCUGUUGAUUUUCCUCUGCAGCCUUCUGGCUCCCACCAUCCUGGCCAGUGCCGCCGAGAAGGAGAAGGAAAAGGACCCUUUUCAUUACGACUACCAGACCCUGAGGAUUGGCGGCCUGGUGUUUGCGGUGAUCCUGUUCUCGGUGGGGAUUCUCCUGAUCCUCAGUCGCAGGUGCAAAUGCAGUUUCAAUCAGAAGCCUCGGGCUCCGGGGGACGAGGAAGCCCAGGUGGAGAAUCUCAUCACCACGAACGCCGCUGAGCCCCAGAAGGCAGAGAACUGAGGUGCAGCCCCCGGCGGCCAGCCUCCAGAACCCGUGGCCAGCCACCUGGAGAAGAGCUGCGCGCCCUGUGUCUCUCCCGGCCCCCGCCCAGGCCGCCCCCUCCCUCCAGUGCCGUGUCUGUGUGUGUGUCUGUGUGUCUGCCGCUUGUGGUCUUUGUGGCUACGUGUCCGUGGGUGGUUUUGUAUUCGUGGACGGUGGACUCUCUGGGGCAGGAGCUUCGCCAUGCUGCCAUCGGCUCCUCCCCGUCCCUCCCUCCCCCUCCCCCCCAUGCCUUCCGGCUCCCUGAGCCCAGUCGCUUCUGUGGAUUUAGGGGUGGGCGUUGCCUGCCCAUUGCACUGUGACCCAAGUCUGUUCAGAAGGUCCCUUAGCAAUUGGAGCUUCCACGAGGGUGCUGGUGAGCCCGGCCUCACUGCUGGGCAGGCUGUUAGGUUCGGCUGUGGUCAUUUUCCUCUCGGGGCUUCCUCUGUGUGCUCCUCUUCUGCCCUGGCUCUUUGGGGGGGCGGGGAGCACUGGUUUCUAGUCCCAGGGCCUCCCGGCCCCUUUCCUAUCUUCUGAGCAAUAACUUGAGCCCUGCUGCCGGGUGUGGACUUAGAGGGGAGGGGCGGCAGGGAGAGGAGGAGGGCCUUGGGGCGGCCCCGCCCCCGGCUGCAUGUGUUUGGGGGGGGUCACUGGGGGAGCAGCGGAGGUGGUACCCGCUGUAGGUAGAGCCCCGCAGCCAGCGGGCCUGGGCAGCCCGGGCCAAGAAGGAGGGUCCCAGUGAGAAACUCGAACCCCGCCCGCCCUCUGUAACGAACGCACCUCCGCACCCCAGCCAGCCGAGCCGCCCCCCCCCCCCCCCCCACUCCGGGAGGGAUCGCUCUUGUCUUGUGACCCAUCCUUCUGACACCGGAAAACAAAUAAAGCCUCAUGGUUCCCAAGUG